AUGGUCGAGGGUCUCACUCCACCAGCAAUGUCAUCACAUUCCGCUCUCGGCACUUGUCCGACAGAAGUCAGCAGUAUAGUCGCCACAGGACUCGAAAUGGGUCUCGGCGUCAGCCUUGCUUCUUCUGCUCUCUUGACCCACGUUUCUGGCGCCAGAGCAGCUGCUCUCUCGGGCCUUGCCGAGCCGCGCUAUUCGCGUCCGCAUCAGAGCGGCUUCGAGCCUUCAUCUUUGGCCGCACAAGAAAGCCCCAACUCGGACCUGUCACCGGCGUCUAGACUCGAAUUUGACGCUCCAGGAACCACAUCGGCCGCCACCAGCCUCCCAUACAGAAGUCGUGACCAGCCCAGCCCAGACUUUGUUGGCGACGGCAUCGAGGGAGAUCUCCAUCGUCGGCGCACGACGGGCUCGCGUCAACCCAAGCAUCGCAUGGAGCCUAUGAUUCGUGGUCGUCAUCACCGUGCCGACACGCAUGAUCCCAUCAUUCCGGCUGCCGCCUCACCUGCCAUCACUGCAGAGAUUGAAAAGCAGCAGUACUAUCAGAACAACUACAUCUCUCUUCGCAACGAGGCCAAGAUCUCAACACAAGGUCUACCCGGUAGCUUCAAUGCAGACACACCACUGUCAGCAACCACCAGCGUCGAGCCAGAGCCGUCCUUGGGCGGUCGAAGCAGCACGCAGGCGCACGCAUCGUUCGGCGGCAGUACACAGCUCGAGACGCCUUCGCUCGGCGACAAAGUCAUGCUUUCGCCUGAUUCUCAGCAUCCCUUCUCCGGCAACCCAUUUGCCGCGAUUACCACUUCCUCCAGCCCCGUGCAAGAUGCAACGCAUCACGGCGAGCCUGCUGGCUGGAAGUCCAUCCGACAAGGUCUCGCUUCUGGCGGACAUGGCCCAACGCAAGCCGCCUUGCUUGGCCUCGGAGGCGGAAGUCACUUUGGUCCUGGUGUUCGUGCAAAGGUUUCGGAGGUGCUACCAUAUCUCGUUUCGAGCAUUCCAUUAUCGGGCGAGGAAGGCGAGACCGUCACCAUUGCUGAGUACGGAAGCCUGAACACGAGGUCCAUCAAUCUCAUGCAACCCAUCAUCUCGUCUUUCGUGCAGAAGGCGCACGCAGACACACCGAGAAGGGAGACAGGCAAGAGCGAAGAUGCCAUCGACUACUUCCCUGGUUUGGACGGUGCAGCAUCGUUGCGAUCCAUUCUUGGCGUCGACGCCUCGGCUGAUUACCCCUGCAAAGUCAGCUUCUCCAUCAUUCACGAGGAUUCGCCACAGGCCGACUUCCGUCCCUUGUCGCAGAUGCUUGAAACCAACCCGGAAUCUUAUCUGCAUCCACAGUGGCAGGCGAUGCAUGAGCCUCCUCUUCACAACGCCGUCUUCCCAAGCUUUGUCUCGCGACCCUUUGCAUCCCGCAUCGCACCUCCUUCCACAUUGCAUCUUGGAAUCAGCUUGAUGGAUUUGCACUGGUCGCAUACGCCGAGGAACCCCACCGUAUCGCUUUCGACGUCGGCACACGCCGAACUCGCCGCAUUCCUCACGGCGAGGGCACACGAAUUCCGCAAGGGCGGUAUCAUCGUGUUGGCCUACAUUGCUCGAUCGGAGGACAGCAACGUUGUCCUGCCUGAUCGACCGAGAUCGACCGUUCACAGCAUCGGCUCGAUUGAGGUGGAGCGCGGGGCCGUAUCGCUUGCAUCAGAGAAUGGUAUCCAGUCUCGCAGCAACGGCAACGGCGUUGAUGCUGAGGCAGGUUCGCAGCGCAUCCCACUGCUGCGCAAGGAGCGAAGACGUUCCAAUUCAUCGCCCAACCGGCCUUCCUUCGCAAGCACCGCUUGUCCAGCAGACACCCCCCAGCGACCUUCUGACAUCUGGUCCACUCUCACUAAUACACUCGCCCCCUGUCUUCAACGACUCGUCUCCUGUGGCAUGCUCAAGAGCGAUGUCGCUCGUCAUCUGCUUAGCUUGCCUAUGCAUGCACGUACUCCACGCCAGACACGCAACGUGCUCAAGUCGGUCAAGCACCUGUGGAAGGUCGAGUGGAGCUGCGGCUUGGGCGAUGAGCCUAUCUCUACUGAUGCUCCCCCCGCUCUAGUCAGCGAAGCUGAGCCUCUGCGAUUGCCGCACCCCGCGUGGAAGGCACUGCAAGCAGGCACCCUUUCGCGUGUCGCAUUUGCCGAGCACAUGAUCCAGCUCUUCAAGAACCUAUACGAGUCACACUUCCGUGCCAUCUUGCGCGAGAAGGGCAAGCUCAGCAAAGGUGCUGUUGAGUUCGUGCUUGACUCGCUGUGGGAUGUGCUCCAGUCCAGGAUUGAUGAUCAGGAGCCAUGCCCGAUCGCUGAGUGCGAACUUGAAGUUCAGAUCGUUGCCUUGCGCCGUAUCUAA